ACCAUCAUUGAUAUAUUUUAUACAGGAUCCUACCAUCAUCUAUGGUCUCUGGUCUCGGGUGAUAAAUUAAAUACGUUGCCAUCGCCGUGUGAGCAGAGCACUGCUACCAAGCUGAUCACCCUUAGCCAUGGACGCCGGGUUCUCAACUACCGGGCCGCUUCGUAUCGUGAUCUGCCCGUGGCUGGCGUUCGGCCAUCUGCUCCCGUACCUGGAGCUCGCGGAGCGCCUGGCGUCGCGCGGCCACCGCGUGGCUUUCGUCUCCACGCCGCGCAACCUCGCUCGCCUCCCGCCGCCCGCGUCGCCGUGCAACGUUGACCUCGUCCCGCUGCCGCUGCCGCGCGUCGACGGCCUCCCCGAGGGCGCCGAGUCCACCAACGACGUCCCCGACGAGAAGCGGGAGCUCCACUGGAAGGCCUUCGACGGCCUCGCCGCGCCCUUCGCGGACUUCCUUGCCGCCGCGUGCGCGGACGACGGCAGGAGGCCGCACUGGAUCAUCGCCGACUGCUUCCACCACUGGGCCGCCGCCGCCGCCCUCGACCACAAGGUGCCAUGCGCGGUGCUCCUGCCGACGGCCGCUAUGCUCGCUGCCGCGCCCCGCCAGCAACCGUUGGAGUCGGAGCCCGUCGAGGCCGCCGCUGCCUCCGUGCUUGGACAGGCGGCCGCGGCCGUGCGCCUCGCCGUGCCCCGUUACGAGCGGGACGACGUGGCACCGUCUUACGCCGACGACUGCGCGUCGGGUAUGUCCAUCGCCCAGCGCUGGUUCUUGGCGAAAGAGAGGUGCACGGUCCUGGCCAUCCGGAGCUGCGUGGAGUGGGAGCCCGAGACCUUCCCGCUGGUGGAGGCACUCCUCGGCAAGCCGGUCGUGCCCCUGGGCCUCCUGCCGCCGUCGGCCGACGGCGGCAGGCGCCGCGCGGCCGGAUCGUCAGAGGACCACGUCACGCUACGCUGGCUAGAAGAGCAGCCGCCCGACUCCGUCGUGUACAUCGCGCUGGGGAGCGAGGUGCCGCUGAGCGUUGAGCAGGUGCACGAGCUGGCCCUGGGGCUGGAGCUCGCCGGGACACGCUUCCUCUGGGCUCUGCGGAAGCCCGCCGGCGCCGUCCUCGACAACGACGACGCCCUGCCCCCCGGUUUCCAGGACCGCACCCGCGGCCAUGGGGUGGUGACCAUGGGAUGGGUGCCCCAGAUCAGCAUCCUGGCGCACGCCGCCGUGGGCGCGUUCCUGACGCACUGCGGCCGGAACUCGCUCAUCGAAGGGCUUCUGUUCGGGCACCCUCUCGUCAUGCUGCCCAUCUUCGGGGACCAGGGCCCGAAUGCCCGCCAAAUGGAGGCGAAGAAGGUAGGGUUGCAGGUGGCGAGGGACGACGACGACGGGUCGUUCGACCGCCAUGGCGUUGCGGCCGCGGUCCGGACCGUCAUGCUGGACGGAGAAGCCAGGAGGGGAUUUGUGGCGGGUGCCCUCAAGAUGCAGGCGAUCGUGGCCGACAAGGAACGCCAUGAGAGAUACAUCGACGAAUUUGUUCAACAACUCAGAUCGUAUCUGCCAACUGACGAUCUCACUACUGCCACCCCCAACUCCAGCUGAGACUGAGAGAGCCUGCACGAAUAAGAUGUGAGUACGCCAGGAUUAGGUGCCUCCGAAAUUGUGCUGAAUAUUUCUCGGGUGCGUCGACGAGUUGUCCAUAACAGUACAGUUAGGGCAUCUGACCCGGUAACCCUCCAUCCGGACGUGUUUGUCAUUCAACGUUGUCAUGCAUCGAUCCGUUUCGCAGUCUGGACAACCUUUUUCCUAAGGUGACGGGUGUCCGGUUUGUUGCCA